AUGGCCGAUCAGGAAGUGGAUUUGGACUCGAUCAUCGAUAGACUUUUGGAGGUGAGGGGCAGCCGUCCUGGCAAGCAGGUUCAACUGUUAGAGUCGGAGAUUCGCUAUCUCUGCACGAAGGCCCGUGAAAUCUUUAUCUCCCAGCCCAUCCUGCUGGAGUUGGAGGCGCCCAUCAAGAUUUGUGGUGAUAUUCACGGCCAAUACUACGAUUUACUCCGCCUAUUCGAAUACGGCGGCUUCCCGCCGGAAGCCAACUACCUGUUCCUCGGAGAUUACGUCGACCGUGGCAAGCAGUCGCUGGAGACCAUCUGCCUCCUCCUGGCCUACAAGAUCAAAUACCCCGAGAACUUCUUCGUCCUCCGUGGAAACCACGAGUGUGCGUCUAUCAACCGUAUCUAUGGCUUCUACGACGAGUGCAAGCGGAGGUAUAACAUCAAGCUGUGGAAAACGUUCACCGACUGCUUCAACUGCCUACCCAUUGCCGCCAUCAUCGACGAGAAGAUUUUCACGAUGCACGGUGGUCUUAGCCCCGAUUUGAACUCGAUGGAGCAGAUCCGUCGGGUCAUGCGUCCCACCGAUAUCCCCGACUGCGGUCUUCUCUGUGAUCUUCUUUGGUCCGAUCCCGACAAGGAUAUUACCGGGUGGAGCGAGAACGAUCGCGGUGUGUCGUUCACAUUCGGCCCCGACGUCGUUUCCCGAUUCCUACAGAAACACGAUAUGGACUUAAUAUGUCGCGCUCACCAAGUCGUCGAGGACGGUUACGAAUUUUUCUCGAAGAGGCAACUAGUCACGCUGUUCAGUGCACCCAACUACUGCGGAGAAUUCGACAACGCUGGUGCCAUGAUGAGUGUAGACGAGAGUCUAUUGUGUUCGUUCCAGAUCUUGAAACCAGCUGAAAAGAAGCAAAAGUACGUUUACGGGGGCAUGAGCUCAGGCCGACCCACCACUCCUCCGCGAAAGCAAAAGAAGAAGUAA